AUGGAUCCGGAGAAGCUUGGUGAACGUGUUAUUCUCCCAGUCAGAGAUUCUAAUCGAUUUAAAUUGCUUAAUAAGGCUAAAAAUGAGUUUCUGAAUAGAUAUGAUAAGAAAAUUCCAUUUUCUUGUGUAAUUGAAGGAUUAGUAGAUGAUAAGGAAGUUCUUGUUGCCUUCGUGGAUCAAUCAGAAGGGACACCUGUCCACUUACCAGCUGAAUUUGAGAGCUUUCCUGUGUUGAUUUCUUAUGAAGCUCUUGAAUUAUACCAUCGUUCAUAUCACAAAGACCUUAUACCUGGCAUAAGUAUCGGUGAACAAGAUGAACCAUUAAAUGCAAUUACACUUGGUCCUUUAUUUCAAAAUACUGCAGUAUCCAAUAAAACAUUUAUAUUAACUGCAAAGCAUGGCGUGGGAAAGGAGGAUGAAAAUUUUAAUUAUAAGGUUAACGCAAGCGCAUGUGCUAAGGUCACAAGGUACAAUUUUAUUGGAGCUGAUUCGGCUUGUCAUUAUCUUGACUACGCUUUCUGUGAAACGGUGAAGGAUCGAGAAAUUCCAAAAUUACCAAACAUACCAUUUGAACAACAUAUUCAAAUUCGUAGUAUAAAGACCUCUGUAAAUAAUAAUGAUAAAUUUGUAUAUGUUAAGAAGGUUGGAAGAACCACUUUCCUCAGAGAAGGGUUAAUACAAGAUAUGUGGAUGCCUUUUUAUCCUCCUAUUGUCAAAAGGAAAGGUAAGAAAAAACCUAAAGAAAGAAGUCGAAGGUUUGCAUUGCAAGUUCUUGGUAUUAAUCGACAAACAUUUUCUGAACGUGGGGACUCCGGUGCACCAGUAUUCGAUAAUGAUGGUAAAUUAUGGGGGAUUGUUAUUGCAGGAAUUAGUAGGGUCUCUUAUGUAAUUCCUAUUCAUUUGAUUUUGGAUAACGUCAAAGAAAAAUUUAAUGUGAUAUUCACUUUAAAGAAAGAACCGGAGGAAAAAGAACUGGAGGAAUCUUGA